CUGCAUUCUCCUCUCUGAGUCGUGUGGGAAGCUGCUCAGUGAAUGCGGCUGCAGAAGAAGCCAGCAUACUUAUGCGCCUGACACGGAUACUGUUCUGUCUUGCAGAAGAAGGAGGGAACACAAGCCUACUUUACUCUCUUAUAACUUCCUCCAUUACCCCGGGCUGGAUAUAAUUUAAAAAUCCUUACAUUUCCUCUCCAAGUUUAUUUUGAUGACAUUCUCUGUGGACCGAUGGAUGCGCGGAGUUUCCAGCUCCUCACUUGCACCGCAGUUGACUAAAGGCUGAAUAACUGCAUUAUUCAUUUUUACGCACCGGUUUCUGUUGUCUUGACUUGUCUCUCUUGUUUCUCUCUCUGUGCUUGUCCGCUUUUUUUCGUCCGGGAGAGGAUCUUCAAUAUUGCCAUAUUCCGUCCUUUUUAAAAAGAAAAGAAAAAUUCCCUCCCGUUGGAUGGAGACUGAAAUAAGCAUCUCUUCUGCCUGCAAGUAAACAGACCGCUUAAAAAAAAACAAAUGUUUUGCAAGGAGUUACAACAAAUAACUGGGUUUAUGCUGCUCCAAUGGACAAUAAUAUACUGAUACAAAUAACCUGAUGGGAGCGUUUUGGCUGCCUAUGCCAUCUGAAGCAUUAUCUCUGUGCGCAACUUCACUCGAAACAAACGAGUAUUUAGUCAUCGGAUCGUUGGGGGUUGCUGAGCCGAGCUAAAUCCAGACGCACAGUGUUGGCCAUCCUCUCUCCCCCAUUUUUUGCUCCUCUCUUCUGCUCACCCUCCUUUUCCAGUUUCCCCCGUAAAAAACGCUCCAAGAAUGACAGACUUGUUUCACCGCAUCACCGACCGCUUUGCGCCUUUUUUCACGCCUUGGAGUCGCCGGACGCGCUGUCAAGAUCUCUAAAAACUGUCUGCCUCUCCCUUUCUCUCUCUCUGUCUCUCUCUCUGUCUUUCCCUAUCUCUCUUUCCCCUCCUUUCUCACCGUCUUUCUCUAUUUCUGCAACCAAAUGAAUGCUCUCCCAUGGAGGUAGUACAACCACCUUGGGGACCGAACAGCCAGAGGGGUGAUUUUUCCAAGCAAGAGGAGCCCGUCAGCAAGAGACGCAUCGGGUGAAAUCUGAGCUCAACCCCAUUCCCCCUCCCUCCCACCCUCCCUACCUCCCUCCCUCCUUUCUCUCCAUCUCCAGCGCACCCCCGCCAGUUUGCUCGGCUCGGGUUGAUAUACAGUAGCCUUCAUGGGGAUAUAGGGGCUGGAGAAACCUUGUUGCGCCCCUACAACUGUCUGCGUUCUACUUCAGCUUCAGAGGACUGUUUGCGCACGUCUCCAUCCAUGUCUCACCAUUGCUGCCCCGUGUCUCCAGAGGGAGCCGCAUUCAUUAGCACCUCAGCUUUGGGUUACUAAAUGGUUUUCUGGAGGAAGAUUUCUAACCGGCGAGAUGCUGCUCGUACUCCUGCUGGCAGCCUUUUCUUCCUCCAUCUCCGGCUCCCUCUCCUCCUCCCUCUCCUCCCCCUCCAUGUCGGAUAGACCUCAGAUGGCAGACCCGUCCACCUCGGACUUGAUGGCCGAGACCUGCAGUGCCUGCUCCUGCAUGUCAGUGGAAAACGUGCUGUACGCCAACUGCGAGAAGAUCACUGUCUAUCGACCCACGCAGCUCAUCCCGCCGGCCUCCUCCCUAUACCACCUGAACUUCCAGAACAACUUCUUAAUCGUACUUUACCCUAACUCGUUCCUCAACUUCACCCACGCCGUGUCACUGCAGCUGGGGAACAAUAAACUGCAGAACAUUGAAGGUGGAGCGUUCAUGGGGAUGAGCGCGUUGAAACAGCUGCACCUGAACAAUAAUGAAUUAAAGGUGCUGCGAGCAGACACUUUCCAAGGGAUAGAAAACUUGGAAUACCUUCAGGCUGACUACAAUUUGAUCAAAUACAUCGAAAAGGGAGCAUUUAACAAACUGCACAGGUUAAAAGUGCUCAUAUUGAAUGAUAAUCUCAUACAGGCACUUCCUGACAACAUAUUUCGCUUUGCUUCGCUCACACACCUGGAUAUAAGGGGGAACAGGAUCCAGAGGCUUCCUUAUUUGGGGGUUCUGGAGCAUAUUGGGCGCAUUGUAGAGCUGCAGCUGGAUGACAACCCCUGGAACUGUACCUGUGAUUUAGCACCUCUCAAGGCGUGGCUUGAAAACAUGCCCUACAAUAUUUUUAUUGGCGAGGCCAUAUGUGAAACACCAAGUGACUUGUACGGGAGACUCCUGAAAGAAACUAACAAGCAGGAACUUUGUCCUAUGGGAACAGGAAGUGACUUUGAUGUUAGAAUGCCACCCUCACCGCCUGAUAAUGGGCAGUCACCCUCCAAAAUGUCCCCAACCACUCUGGCUCCCAUGGCCACCAAAGCGCCAAAGACCACUGACUCAUCUAAGAUUUACGGUAAUGGUAUUGUGGCUGGUUUACCCCCUUUUGGAAGAAAUAGACAGAUUGUUUCGUUCCAGACACGGACCCCUCCAUUGCUGUGUCCGCAGCCCUGCAGCUGUAAAGCCCACCCCUCUGACUUUGGCAUCAGCGUCAGCUGUCAGGAGAGGAAUAUUAAAAAUUUAGACGAUCUCCUUCCCAAACCCCCAAAUGCCAAGAAACUUCACCUGAGUGGAAAUUACAUCCGUGAUAUAAGCCCGGCUGAUUUCCAAGGCUUUGAAGGCUUAGAUUUGCUACAUCUUGGCAGCAAUCAAAUUGUCACGGUCCAAAAAGGUGUGUUUUCUAACCUAACUAACCUGAGAAGGCUGUAUUUGAAUGGAAACCAGCUUGAACAGUUACACCCAGAAAUGUUUUUGGGCCUCACAAACUUACAGUACCUAUAUUUGGAAUACAAUGCCAUAAAAGAAAUUUUAGCGGGUACAUUUGACUCCAUGCCGAACCUACAACUCCUGUAUCUCAACAACAAUGUUCUGCGGAGUCUCCCUGCCUACGUGUUUGCGGGUGUCUCUUUAGCCAGACUGAAUCUAAAAAACAACCACUUCAUGACCCUACCAGUGAGUGGUGUCUUGGACCAGCUGCAAUCAUUGACCCAGAUAGACCUCGAAGGGAACCCAUGGGAGUGUUCUUGCGAUCUUGUCGCCCUCAAACUCUGGCUGGAGAAGCUAAGUGAUGGAGUGGCUGCCAAAGAGGUGAAAUGUGCCUCCCCUGUGCAGUUCUCCAACAUUGAACUGCGCCUCUUGAAAAAUGAGAUCCUGUGUCCAAAGCUUAUUGCGAGGCCGCCGUUUAUUCUCACUAGCGCAACGCCUGUUUUAACCUCACUGUCGCCUGCCGGAGUUGGAAAAGCACCGCCAGGAGGGCCUGUGCCUCUCUCCAUCAUGAUCCUUAGCAUCCUCGUAGUGCUGAUUCUCACUGUGUUCGUGGCCUUCUGUCUGCUAGUCUUUGUCCUGAGGCGGAAUAAAAAACCAGUAGGCAGGCAGGAGGGGCUUGGGAAUCAGGAGUGUGGCUCCAUGUCUUUGCAGCUCCGCAGACGCAGUCACAAAUCAGGCAAAAAAGGCUCCAUCCCGGGAGACGACUUGGGAGGCGAGACAUUCAUCCCCCAGACAAUCGAGCACAUUGGCAAAAGCCACACCUGCGGGAUUGGACGCUCCUCAGACAUGGACGCUGGUUUCAAGUUUGCAGACUCACAGAGGCAGAAGAUUAUCCUCCGGAACAGUGCCGACAAGGACAAAGACUCGCUUUCCACCCUGGAGCGCAACAAACGCCUCAGCACCAUUGACGAACUCGAGGAGUUCCUCCCCCACCGAGAGCCCAGCAUGUUCAUCCAGAACUUCCUGGACAGCAAAAGAGAUUUCAACAGUAUAGGGAUGGGCGGGUACGAAAUCCGUUACCCGGAGAAAACGCUGGAUAAAAAGAUGAAGAAGUCAUCGCUGAUAGGCGGGAACCACAGUAAGAUCGUGGUAGAGCAGAGAAAAAGUGAGUAUUACGAGCUGAAAGCCAAGCUCCAAGGAACGCCUGAUUACCUGCAGGUGCUCGAGGAGCAGACUGCGCUGAGUAAAAUGUAGGGAUUGUUGCAUUUGAUUUAGUUCAUUGAUUACACACACACAAACACACACACUCACAAGACAGAAGUCAGACACACAUACAGGCAGAUAGACCGCCAAACACAUCUGCCUUUCUCUGGUUCCUUUCCCCCCCUUGCCACACACACAGACAGACACACACA